UGCUGCCGCGGUGCGAAAUGUUUAAGGAGGUGAUUUUCGUACCUCGUAUUAUAGCAUUCAAUGAAAGUAUUGUUCCAAUAGGAAGAAAACACAAGCAAUUCCCCACAGCAGUAGUUUGGCAUGACGCCAUAUCGGGACGAUCCAAAGAAGACAUUAUUAGUGCCUUCUAUGCUUUUUUUCUGGAUAACAGAGACGUGGAAAAUAUUAUUUUGUGGUUGGACAACUGUGCAGCCCAAAAUAAAAACUGGGCUUUCUUUAGUUUCUGUGUGUAUCUGGUAAAUUCUUCUGACGUCGCUUUAAAAUCUUUAUCUCUAAAAUUUUUUGAACCGGUACAUACAUUUAUGUCGGCAGACUCAUUUCACCACCAGGUAGAAAAGUCCCUAAAGCAAAUGAAAAGGGUGUUUGAUUUCGAAGAUUAUAAAGAUGCUGUUCAAAAAGCUAACUCGUCCAAAGUGAAAUUAAUUGAAAUGAAAAUUAACAAUUUUUUCAACUGGGAAGACAAAAGUUCUCAGUAUAAAUUAAGCAGAAUAAAUCCUCGGCCAUAUUUAAACAAUAUGGUGCAGGUUGAUUUUGAAAGAGGAAAUCAGUCAUUGUCGUACAAAUGCACAUUUAAUGAACAAGAGGCUAUAGUAUUGAAUUUUUUAGUAGCAAAGCACCAAAAGAAUGGUUUGGAAAAGCCUAAAAGCAAGAUCGACUAUCGCGGCAUAAGUCAAAAUAGGAAGGACACUCUUAUAAACCGACUUCGUGGAAUUAUUCCCAUUACCAGAAUGAACUUUUGGAAUGAUUUGCCGGUAUCCGAAAAUCCUGUAACUGAAGAUGAAUAAAUUACUAAUCAUAAUCAAAAUUUCAGUUGACAUAAUACCGGGUGUCCACUUAUAUUUUCCCC